ACCAGUGACUGGCCUUCUCUCCCCCACACCCUCUCCGGACACAUUGCGGCGUUGCUGCUUCCUGAAUUUGCGGCGGGAGUGGUGCCCUGCACUGGCACAGAGAGACCACAGUUCCAUCACCUUAUGACAACAUCCUCGUGCCCCCCUCCGACUCAGGCUGUCCCACAGCCCUCGGUCCAUGGCCUCUCCCAGAUAACCAACAGCCUGUACAUCAGUAAUGGUGUGGCUGCCAAUAAUAAAUUAAUGCUGUCCAGCAACCACAUCACCACAGUCAUCAACGUUUCAGUGGAGGUGGUCAACACCUUCUAUGAAGACAUUCAAUAUGUACAGGUGCCAGUGGCCGAUGCUCCCAGCUCACGCCUUUACGACUUUUUUGACCCUAUUGCUGAUCACAUCCACAGUGUGGAAAUGAAGCAAGGCCGCACGCUGCUGCACUGCGUUGCUGGCGUGAGUCGCUCCGCCGCCCUCUGCCUCGCCUACCUCAUGAAGUACCAUGCCAUGACACUGUUGGAUGCCCACACGUGGACAAAGUCCUGCCGCCCCAUCAUCCGGCCUAACAACGGCUUUUGGGAACAACUUAUCCAUUAUGAAUUCAAACUAUAUAGCAAGAACACAGUGCACAUGGUCGAUUCCCCAGUGGGUGUGAUCCCCGACAUCUAUGAGAAGGAGGUCCGUUUGAUGUUGCCGAUGUGAAACAUCCCGGCCAGCCCAUGACAUCGGCUCUGGAUUCUACACCAACAAUAAACUCGAACUUUUGUUGGUUAAGAAAAUCACACAAUGCCUUUUAGAAGGGCAAGCUUAAAGGGAGAGGGUUAUUGGAGUUUUUAGCUUAGUGAGUCUUAUCUUUAAAUCAGAUUCAUUAAAGUAAG